AUGGCUAGGCGUAAAAAAAGUGAUACCGGAGCUGUCCAAAAGCCCGUUAAUCCAGUAGCUGUCAGAAAAUCAACCCGUCAGAGCGCCAGAAGAUUGUCUGUGGAUGAAAAAAAAGUUAAUGGAGACACUAGUUUCCAGACAACAACACCAGCUCAAGAAGACCAGCAGGUAAAUCCGGUUAAUAGUGACGAAAGUGCUGCGGUUCCAAUAAAAGUUAAGAAAAAACGUGGCAGAAAACCUCUUAAUCGUAAUAAAAUAAAUGUUGAUGGUGAUAGUGCUAAAGUUAUUGUUAAUAAGAUCGCAGAUGUCACCGUAGAGCUUGAUGCCAGCAACUCUGAGAAUAUUAAAGUAGAUGAUGAUGACGACAACGUUGAAAUAAUAGUUACCGAGGAGUUUUCGAAUCUUACUACCGAGGAUGAUUCCGGGCAGAUGGUGUGGGAAGACGGAGAAGUUAUUGAAGAGACUAUUAUCUGCGGUAGCAUGGACGUGGAUAAUAAUGGUCAGCUUGAGGAGGACUGUCUCGAUACCACUGUUGUUCUCGAGCAAGUUUUGCUGGUGAAUGAGCCUAAUUACGAGGGUAAAGAAGUCGUUGAGUUCACUGUUAUUCAAAAUGAAGACGGCACUGAGUCGAUGGUUAUGACUUCUGAGGAAGGUUUUAAAGCUAGUGAGUAUGACAGUAGUGUAAGUUGUUUAAACACUGACCAGGUUUCACCUAAAGAAGAUCAGGAUGAAAAUUACGAGCCAGAAGACGAGGAAGCUUCAGCGAAAGAAGUUAUUUUUGUCAGAGAGGAGGUUGAGGAGAUAACUAUUGAUGAUGAUGUAACUUCGGUUAAAGCUGAGGUUGUUUCAGCUAAAGAUGAAUUAUCAAGUGAAGUAAUUGUUACUGAAGACGAUAAAGCGGUGAGUAAUGACAGUGACACUAAGUUAAGUGAUAAGUCGGAUAUUGUCGAGGUUAAAUCAACUGUUGUGGAUAAUGUCGAGGUUAAUAAUUUAAAUAAAGUAAGUGAUAAUUUUGAAAAAUGUAAAAUUAUUGACGCUGUUAUUGCUGAUUCGUCGCUAGUGUCGUCUCCUAGCUCGCCAGUCGUCGCCGAGAAUGGAACUUCGGAUUCUUCUAAUUCAAACAUUGUUCCGGUUAAACGUAAGCGAGGAAGACCUCGAAAAGAACCCUCGAUUUCUCCGAGCGAGUUGGAGAAAAAUUUAGCUACUAUUUCGAUAAACGAGGUACCUAAAGAAAGUGUUGAUUUGGUUGAUGUAACGUCCUUGGGUGUAAGUAAUUCUAACAAUGAUUCUCCUGUUAUUAACAAGCCGUCUGAACAACUGGCUGAACAGCUUGCUGAUGUGAGCAAUCAAGAGGGUGUAAAAAAUGACACCGUUGAAGAAAAAUUGAUUGUUUUUAAAGAAGACAUGGAUUCUACGGCGGAGACAAGAGCGUUGGAUCGCACACCAACACCUACUGACGGGUUCAAGCAGAGCAAAACUAUCAACAGAUCUCAGAGCGUUGAAGAACUUUCCCGAGAAAGUGGGAUGGAUGUUAAAACAGACUCUGAUGAUAUUAAAUUGUCCAGCAGUAGCGACAACAGCAAUGACACAGUCUCACUGAACGGCGUCAAGUUGCCUGAGUUUGGUGAUAAAUCAUCAGGAAUUGCUGAAGGCGACAAGAAGGUCGGCUUCCGCAGCAGGAGUGGCAGCACCGACACCACUGGCUCCGAAAGCGGCUCCAAUAGCUCAAAUGUACGUCGUAGCAGCAGGAUUCGUUCUCAGGGUCUGAUGAAACCGCGAUCUAGAGGACGUGGCUUGGUAACUAAGCCCAUUGCGGAUUUUCUAAAACUCCCAUUGGAGCGCGACAAGCUCCAGCCGGUUAACACGCCCGUCCAAGCGCUAAGAGACACUCCAGAUAGUCAAUCUGAGACCCAGUCGGACAAAGAAAAUAGUAUUAAAACUCCUCUUUCGGAAUUUAAUGCCUCAAUCAGCUCCAGCUUGAUCACUGGCUAUGAUUCAGACUCGACAAAGCCUGUUAAAGUUAAAUCCCGCUGGCGAAGGUCCAGCGAGCUCGAGAUGCAUGCUGGAUCUCGACUGUCUUUCGGUGGCCUUACUGCUGGUCCAACUACCAGCGAUAUAUCUAAUUCUUUGCCUGCGAUAUCGGAAUCUGUUCCGACAAUUCCUCUUUUUUCGUCAAAAGACAGCGAGGUUAGGGAUUUAAAUGGUUCUGGGAAUCCCUCGCCUGUUCCCGCGAUAAUUCCAGCAGUUCCUGAGGAAAAAGACAAAGAGAUAGAAGAUAGGUUGAGUCAGUUUGAAUAUUUGAAGGAAAAUUUGUACCUUACUGAAAGAUAUACCAAUAAGGAAACUAAAAGGAUGGUUUGUGAUUGUUUUUUAACUGAAGAGGAGAUUGAAAGAGGCGAGCUUGGUUGCGGUGAAGACUGUCUUAAUAGACUGCUGAUGAUCGAGUGUGGCUCGAGGUGUGUCGUUAGCGAUCGGUGUACCAAUAGGAGGUUCCAAAGCUGCUCCUACGCCAAGUGCGAGGUUUUUAGGACGGACAAAAAAGGUUUGGGUUUACGUGCGACUGCGGAUUUAGACGCUGGGGAAUUUAUUAUGGAGUAUGUUGGCGAAGUUGUUGACCCUAAAGACUUCAGAAAGCGUGCUAAAGAAUAUUCUAAGGACAAGAAUAAGCACUACUAUUUUAUGUCGCUUAAAUCUGAUCAGAUAAUUGACGCGACAAUGAAAGGUAAUAUCUCGAGAUUUAUUAAUCACAGUUGCGACCCAAAUGCUGAGACUCAAAAGUGGACAGUUAAUGGUGAGCUGAGGAUCGGUUUCUUUAAUCGGCGCUUCAUUGCCGCUGGCGAGGAGAUUACUUUUGACUACCACUUUCAGAGGUACGGUAAGGAGGCCCAGAAGUGUUUUUGUGAGUCGUCGAACUGCCGCGGGUGGAUCGGCGAGACUCCGGAGGAAGAAAAGGAGAAGACUGAGAAGAAAGAGACUCGAGAACGAGAACGAGAUAAGGAUGUCAAGAAGAAGAGAGAGGUCAAGAAGGUUUAUGUUGAGGAUGAAGAUCUGGAUGAGGAGAUUGAUAAGCUUUGUAUAGGCGGGUUGAAAAAUCGCGCGCAUACUUUGACCCUGAGUCGGCUGAUGGUUCGUAGUAGGGAAAUUGAGCACCGGACCAGGUUGUUGAAGCUCAUUCAGAGUGGCGAGCAACCUUGCAGAAGGUUAUUCUUGGAUUAUCAUGGUCUCAGGCUGAUGUGGAGCUACAUGAUGGAUGUUGCUAAUUUGGAGACCGAAGAAGCGAUGUUGUUUCGACUGGAGCUGCUCAAGACUCUCAGUACACUGCCAAUUCCUAAUAAAACUAUGCUGAUGGACAGUAAAGUUUAUAGUGUUGUUCAAAAGUGGUCCGAUCAACAGUAUUUGUCCCCCAAGUCUGAAUCUCCCAAAGAUGAAGCUGAUAAAUUGAAGGUUGAAGAAAUUGAAGGUAACUGUGAUAAUGAUGACAAGUCUGGUGAAACAGCAAGCUUGAGUAAGAAAGAUAAGAAUGAAAAAGAAGAACUUGGGAGUGGAGAUGCUAGUCCAACUGGUCCGGAUCAUGCUAAAAUUAUUCAAGAGCUGGCGAAUAAUUUGUUGAAUGACUGGCUGAGUCUUAAAGAAGUGUUCCGGAUACCAAAGAAAGAAAGGAUUGAGCAGAUGAAAGAGCAUGAAAGAGAAGCUGAUAGUGGGUACAGAGAAGAUCUGAAAAAGGAGGCUAAAGAAUCUUCUUCUUCUUCUUCGACUUCGGCUUAUGAUAGGCGCAGAUCUGAUAGGUACGACCGGAGACGAGGUAGAGACAGUCCUGAGCCGGAUAAUCAUCGUAAGGACAACAAACGAACAAAUGAUUCUAUGUCGAGGUUGUCCAAGCUUGAACGGAGACAGCUUUUUGCGCUGAAGGUCGCUAAGGAGGAGGAAGAACGGUUAAGGAGGCAGCAGCAAGAAAUGUGGCAAGAACACGAGUCUAGGUGUCAUGGUUUGGGCAUGGAUCCACAUACUACUGCUGCUGUUGAUCCUCAGACGGGGUACCCGUUGUUUUUUAACCCGGCUUUGGGCCAGUGGCAGUCUUAUCCUCUGCAAGAGCCUCAACAUCCGGAUAUGUUCAUGAACAACCGGGUGAUGCCGGUUCCCAAUCAGAAUUCCCAUCCUAUGCCCAAUGAAAUUCCUCCGGGUAUGCCGCCGUAUGGAAUGACCCAGCCCCCGGUGCCAUACAACGUUGGACCGAUGGUUGGAGUUCAUCCACCUCCACCUUUCACGCCAGACGGACAUAUGAUGCCUGGUAGUAUGAUGCCCAUUCAUAAUGGGUCCACUCCGCCGUUGCCCAUUCCGCAGGCUCACUGUCCGGUUUUUAUGGAGAAACCCGUGGAACAGUUCACCCCGACUCCCAUGGAAGCUGUUGAAGAAACUCCAGAACCUCCGGUUCAACAGACUGUUGAGCUACCGCCUAUUGAUCUGCCGCCCAAGUGGAAGUGUGCGAAAGACGCUAGGGGUAGGUGCUACUUUUAUCAUGUUAAAGAACGGAUUUCACAGUGGUUGCCGCCACCUCCGGUUCAUAUUGGUGGCCAGCAAGAUACUAGUUCUAGUUCGGAAUCCAGUGAAGAGUCCAGCUCAUCCGAGGAGGAGAUUGAUGAUCUCGAGGAUGAUGAUGAUCAUGACGAUACUGAAAUGCUUAGGGGGGUUUUGGAGCAGAUUAGGAUUCCGACUAAACAGAAUCCUCGGGGGAGUGCUGGUCAACGAAGGCAUAAAGAGCGAGCCAAAUUGAAAGAACAAAUGGAGAAAUUAAAGAAACAUCGACGUGCUAAUAAAGCAAAAUACCACGCAAGACACACGGCAAUAAAGUUACAAGCGAUUGCCGAGUCGAACGAGCUCACUACCGAGCGAAAAAUAAAGGAUACAUUCAGGAUAAACAUGGCGAACGUAAUCGUCAGAUUCUUGAAUCCUUAUCGUCAGCAUGACUGCAAGCAGGGACGCAUUACAAACACGGAAGAUUUUAAAUAUUUAGCGAGAAAGCUUACACACUUUGUACUAGCAAAAGAACUGAAGCACUGUAAAAGCGUCGACGAAUUGCAGUGCAACGAAAAUGUUAAACAUAAAGCUAAGGAUUUUGUACGUAAAUACAUGGGUAAAUUUGGACCUAUAUAUCAGAGAUCAUCCGAUGAAGAUUAA